AUGAGAGUUUACGCAUGUCAUUUCUGUUCAUCGCCUUGUUAUCCGGGCCAUGGUAUUAUGUUUGUUAGAAACGAUGCCAAAGAGUUCCGUUUCUGUCGUUCUAAAUGUCACAAGGCUUUCAAGCAACGUAGAAAUCCACGUAAGUUGAGAUGGACUAAAGCGUUCAGAAAGGCUGCCGGUAAGGAAUUGGCUGUUGAUUCUACCCUAACGUUUGCACAGAGAAGAAACGUUCCAGUGAGGUACAACAGAGAGCUUGUAGCUACGACUUUGAAGGCCAUGAGUAGAAUCGAAGAGAUUAGACAAAGACGUGAGAGAGCUUUCUAUAAGAACAGAAUGAAGGGUAACAACGAAAGGGACUUCUUGAGAGAUAAGGCUUUGGUGGAAUCUAACCCAGAGUUAUUGAGAUUGAGAGAAGUGGAGUUGGCUAGACAAGCUGCUAAGGAAGAAGCCAUUGAACAGGCUAGUGACGAGGAGAUGGAUAUCGAAUCUGAAGCUGAAUCCGAAGUUGAAUCCGAAUCCGAAGCUGAAGAACAACUACAAAAACAAAAGAUUCUAUUGAAAAACAAGAGAAAGAACUCCAAGAGGAUUGCGUUUUGA